AUGCAUACAUUCGAUUUCUCCCUCACAUCCUUGCUUCUCGCGUUAAUCCUACAAUCCCACACCACAAGUGCCAUCUGGAAUUCCAAUUCAGCCCAGCACAAGAAGAUACUCUUACGCGAUAUCACUACUCUGACAUUCAAGGAUGGAGCACUCACUACUGGGAGACGGUCCCGAGCAAUUCCACAAUUGACGUGUAUAGGAGGAGAUGCAUGUGGCAAAGUCUUGAUUCCAGCCAUUCAGUGUAGAAACACAGGUUGGGACGGAGAUGUACAGUGGCAAUGUCAGUCGGAAUUGUCUGAUGAAUUCAAAUUUGGAACUACUGAAGUGACUUGUGAAGGAUUUGACUAUACUGAUGAUCCAUAUGUCUUGCGAGGGUCUUGUGGUGUCGAGUACACAUUAUACUACACAGAAAAGGGACGCAAACUACAUAAACAGCAAUCUAGCUGGUUUUCCUCAUCAUCACCAUCAUCAUCCUACGACCACACUGCAACGUCGAGACUAGCGAAGCUAGUAUGGUUUAGUGUCGCAGGAUUAAUGCUCUACUCUCUAUAUGUAUCAUGGUGGAGCCCCGUACCCGCAACGAAUGGUAGACCAGCGUCUAGAGGAACAAGUGGAGGUUCAACUAAUAAUUAUGGACCUGGUGGAAAUGGCGGAGGAGGAGGAGGAGGAUUUGGACCAUUUGGAGGCUUCUCACCAUCAUCAGAUCCAUCAUGCGCACCAUCGUCAUCAUCAUCCAGUGGUCCAGGAUUUUGGUCUGGCACCUUGUUAGGAACUAUUCUAGGCAGUCUGCUCUCACCAAAUAGAAGAGCCUACUAUGCACCCCAACCAGCAUUCAUGGCUGCACCUGCAUUUGGCGGAGGAUUGAAUGGAUUUGGAGGAUAUGGAAGCCCGAAUCGUGGAUUUGGUGGUGCCUCCUCGUCAUCUGCAGCCUCAUCGAGAAUGGCAUCGGGAUAUGGUGGAACUCGUAGAAGAUAG